CACAGUUUGAGCAGAGAGUGCAAGACAGUAGUGAAUAACCUGCACAGUUGUUGAGUUUGAAAAAAUGAACUAUUCUAUUAUUAUUGGCUCAAUUAUUUUGGAAAUCUCAGUCCUCAUUAGCACUGCUUACUCAACUGAGCAAACAAGCGAUGCUGCUUAUUUACAGAAUAUCCUGAACACCGGCCCUUUGUCACCUGCCAGCAAAGAAGCCGAGCGUGAUUCAUCGCUUGAAAGUUAUCUUCAGGACCAAUACCAAAUCCUGAAGCAGCAGAUCGCUGUCGGAGCAUCAGUAGUUCCGUCCCAAAAAUUUGAUUUGCUUCAGAUUUGUCUUGCUGAAGGAAAUUCAACAGGCACAGUGAAAUUGUUUGAAUUUGUUGUGCACCCCGCACCGGCAGAUCCGGGCCACAUUGUGACAGCAACACUUAAAAUCUACUUGCAGUCGAGUUCUGAAGCGAUUUUCGAAACAGUGCAAGUUUUUCAAAAAGUGAAAAACCAGCCACUGGACGUCCCUGAUGCUCAUAGGCUUGUUUCAACUCAGUUCAUUACAAUUCAGCCUGGUCAAUCCGGCAACUGGAUUUCUUUCAAUGUUCUGCCGGCAGUUAACGAUUGGCUUCGAGGGCAAAAGGAAAAUUUGGGACUCAUAAUAUCCGGAUUAGCAAAAGUCAACGUUUUCCGUUUUCAACCUAUACUUAGCGUCAAGUACAAAAGUUUUGAAAAAGAGAGUAAUGAGCCUCGUUUUGAAAUUCGUACUUCUCAACUCAGUGUUGUCCUUCAAGCAGAUGAACUUUUAGACACAAAUAAAACCACCAACUCUUGCGGCAGACAAAAAAUGGGAGUAAAUUUUCGAAGGUGGGGUUUGAUUGAGCCACGAGACGCAGAUGUUGGAUUUUGUGAGGGCGCCUGUGGCAAAAUCGAAUUGGGCUUUGGUUCAGCUGAGCACACUGCCCUUCUGACGCUGCUGUCUGCAAACAGCAGGCGGCCACAAUGCGUUCCAAGUGAAUAUGAAGCGGUGGCAAUCAUGUUCAAACACCGAAAUGGAAAUUUUAUCAUUAAGAAAAUCAGUCGGCUGGCUGUGAAAAAUUGUGGUUGUCGUUGAAUUUUACAAUACUGAUGUUUACAUUGAAAUUGUAUGUUAAUUUUAUUGAUCCAUGCGGCUUAAAUUUACAAAGAGCAAUAAAUAGUAAUACUGACAAUGAG